AUGGAUGCAUUCGAGUACAACCCCAACCCUGGCCGUGUCGUCUUCGGCAGCGGUACACUGCAGAAACUCCCCGAUGAAAUCGCCCGGCUGCAGGUAAAGGCCCCAUUGGUGCUCUCGACGCCUCAACAAGUGAGCCAGGCGGAGAGCGUCAAGAAUGUGCUCAAGGGUCAGAUCGCUGGUAUUUUCAGCGAAGCGACUAUGCACACUCCUACUAAUAUCACCGACAAAGCCCUUGAAUACGCAAAAGCCCAAGGAGCUGAUUCAGUAAUCUCCAUUGGAGGCGGAAGCACCAUCGGCCUCGGCAAGGCGAUCAGUAUCCGCACUGGACUGCCGCAUAUCUGUAUUCCCACUACAUAUGCUGGCAGUGAGAUGACCCCAAUCCUGGGCGAAACUGCUGAUGGUCUGAAGAAGACUCGCUCCGAUCCCAAGAUCUUGCCUGGAACUGUCAUCUACGAUGUUGAUCUCACAAUGACUCUGCCGGCGGCCAUGAGUGCCACCAGCGGCGUCAACGCUAUUGCACAUGCCGUCGAGGCCCUCUACGCUCGCAAUACCAACCCAAUUAUUAACAUGAUGGCCCUCGAGGGUAUCCGGGCACUUGCAUCAUCCCUUCCCGAGAUCGUCGAGAACCCAUCUUCUCAAUCUGCCCGGUCCAAGGCUUUAUACGGCGCCUGGCUUUGCGGAACAUGUCUGGGUAGCGUGGGCAUGUCUAUUCAUCACAAGCUGUGCCACACCCUUGGUGGCAGCUUCAACCUUCCUCAUGCCGAAACCCACACUGCUGUCCUACCGCAUGCCAUUUCAUACAAUGCACCUAGCAUUCCUGAAGCCAUGAAGCAGUUGGCUGAUGCUUUGCCGGACAGCAACGGCGACGCAAUCGAAGGUCUGAACGUUCUCUUAUCUAAGCUUAAGGUCAAGCGCGGUGUUAAGGACUUUGGAAUGAAGGAGGAAGACAUCGAUAAGGCGGCUGACAUUGCACUCUCCAAUGCUUACUGGAACCCUCGUCCGAUUGAGCGUACCCCCAUUCGCGAAUUGCUUCGCAGAGUCUGGGCGGGAGAGUUGGCGCGGGCGGAUCUAUAG